UGAGCAGCUACCACUCGUGCUCCAACUUGACCUAUCGGCCCUGGCCUAGGCUCACAGUCCUAGCUAGCCAAAAGAAAUUAAAACAUUCUGCUAGCUCUCCCCCUCAGCUGCAGAGCGCACACGGCUCCUCUUCCCUGCGUCCGAAAGAACCAGGUUCCUCGCCAGCUCUAUCCGGCACCCCAAACCAAACCACGGCGAGCUAGCCGGCCGACCAUGGCGGCGCUCGGCGGCGGCGGCGGCGCGCAGGCGCCGUUCCCGUGGGGGCUGGUGGUGCUGUGCACGGUGGCGGCGUGGUGCGCGGUGCGCGCGGUGGAGUGGGCGUGGUGGCGGCCGCGGCGCCUGGCGCGGGCGCUGCGGUCGCAGGGGCUCCGCGGCACGGCGUACCGCUCCCUCGCGGGGGACGCGCCGCUGACGGAGCGGCUCAACCGGGAGGCCAGGUCCCGGCCCAUGCCGCUGGGGUGCCACGACGUCGCGCCCCGGGCGAUGCCGCUGUUCCACCAGACCAUGAAGGAGCACGGUAAAACGUCCAUCACCUGGUUCGGGCCGGUGCCAAGGGUGACCAUCACCAAGCCCGAGCUGGUGCGCGAGGUCCUGUCCAACAAGUUCGGCCACUUCGAGAAGCUCAAGUUCGGCAGGCUUCAGAGGCUGCUCCACAACGGCCUGGGCAGCCACGAGGGCGAGAAAUGGGCCAAGCACCGGAGGAUCAUCAACCCCGCGUUCCAUGUCGAGAAGCUCAAGCGGAUGCUGCCGGCUUUCGCCGCGUGCUGCACGGACCUGGUGAGGAGGUGGGAGGGCCUGGCUGCGGACGGGCAGCCGCACGAGGUGGACGUGUGGCCCGAGAUGCAGAACCUGACGGGGGAUGUCAUCUCUCGCGCCGCGUUUGGCAGCAGCUACCUGGAAGGCAGGAGGAUCUUCCAGCUUCAGGGGGAGCAGGUCAAGCUCGUGGUUCAGGCCAUGCAGAAGCUUCACAUCCCUGGAUACUUGUACCUGCCUACGAGAACCAACCGAAGGAUGAAGCAGAUCGCUUCGGAGAUCGAGGCGCUCCUCAAGGGCAUCAUCGCCAAGAGGGAGAGCGCGCUGAGGACCGGGGGCGCGACCAGCGACGACCUCCUCGGCGUGCUGCUGGAGUCGAACAUGGAGCACUGCAGGGGCGACGGCAACGCGAGGGCCGGCAUCACCACCGACGACGUCAUCGGGGAGUGCAAGCUCUUCUACUUUGCCGGCAUGGAGACCACGUCGGUGCUGCUCACCUGGACCAUGAUCGUGCUCUCCAUGCACCCGGAGUGGCAGGACCGCGCCAGGGAGGAGGUGCUCCACGUCUUCGGCCGGAGGACGCCGGACUACGACGGCAUGGGCCGCCUCAGGAUCGUGACCAUGGUGCUGUACGAGGUGCUGCGGCUGUACACGCCGCUGACGGCGCUCCAGCGGCAGACGUACAAGCCCAUGGAGCUCGGCGGCGUGAGGUACCCGGCGGGGGUGAUGCUGAUGCUGCCGCUGCUGUGCGUCCACCACGACAAGGACGUGUGGGGCCCCGACGCGAGCGAGUUCAGGCCGCAGAGGUUCGCGGAGGGGAUCUCCAUGGCGUCCGCGGACGCGCCGGCCUUCUUCCCCUUCGGGUGGGGCCCGCGCACCUGCAUCGGCCAGAACUUCGCGCUGCUCGAGGCCAAGAUGGGGCUCGCCAUGAUCCUGCAGAGCUUCGUCUUCGAGCUCUCGCCGGCCUACACGCACGCGCCCUUCCCGCACGGCCUGCUGCAGCCGGAGCACGGCGCGCAGAUCAUGCUCAGGAGGCUCCCCUAGCUGAGCUGCCUAAACUACACUUGUGUGGAGUUAGGCUAAUCGAUCACUUAAUUAUCUGCAUGUACAGCACAUAGUACGUAUGUAGCGGAUGCAAAUCAAGCAAGGAACUACACUUGCAAGGCAAGGCGCUCUUCUUGUGAAAAGUUAAUUGCCUUGGUAGUUACACUGAUGAGAUAACCAUAUGCAUAUAUGUAUGAUCUGCAGUAUGUACAGUGCGCUAGUUUUGUUCA